UGAGAUGUCCAAAACGAUCAAACAACUCGUUAAAGUUGGAGCAUUCUUUUGCAUUCUAACGGUAUUUGUACAAUUUAACACCUUGAGAUUAAAGUUUACUGGAUACAACAAUACAACAUCAACUACAUCAACAGAUAUGGCUACUGGUAUGAGAAAUGUUGGAUACUUCGUUAACUGGGGUAUCUAUGAUCGCAAUUACAACGUUAAAGAUAUUCCAGCCGCUUAUUUAACGCACCUUCUGUACGCUUUCGCUAAUGUCGAUCCAAACACCGGUGCUGUGCACCUCAGUGACCCAUGGUCCGAUGAACAGAAGCACUUCGACGGCGAUAGCUGGAAUGAUAGUGGUGAUAAUCUAUAUGGUAACUUUAAGCAACUUUACCUCCUCCGCAAACAAAAUCGUCACCUUAAACUUCUUUUGAGUAUUGGUGGAUGGACAUACUCUCCAAAUUUCCAUAACGUCAUUAUUGACGAAGGAAAACGCGCUACUUUUGUCAAUACCGCUGUUAAAAUACUCAACGAUUAUGGUCUUGAUGGUCUCGAUAUCGAUUAUGAGUAUCCACAGAAUUCGAACCAAGCAUGGGGUUACGUUGAACUUUUACGUGAAUUACGCAUCGCUUUGGAUCAUUCAGGCGCUCAAAAUCGUGUACAAAAUCCCUAUGAACUCACUAUAGCCGCUCCUUGUGGUGCUUCAACUUAUGAGCAGCUCUAUGUUAGAGAGAUGGACCCAUAUCUCACUUUCUGGAAUCUCAUGGCAUAUGAUUUCGCUGGUAGCUGGGAUAGCGUCGCCGGUCAUCAAUCCAACUUGAUCGGAUACCCUAUGAGUGUUGACGCCGCCGUUAGUUGGUACAAGAGUAAAGGUGUACAAUCUGAAAAAUUGGUUGUUGGUAUGCCAUUAUAUGGUCGCAGCUUUACAAAGACCAAAGGUAUUGGCCAAUCAUACUCUGGUGUUGGUAAAGGGAGCUGGGAAGCAGGUAACUAUGAUUACAAAGCAUUACCAUUACCUGAUUCUCAAGAAUUCUUUGACUCAGAGAAAAUUGCAAGCUACUGCUACUCAAAGAACUCAAAAGAGCUUGUCACAUACGAUAACGUUGAUAUUGCACUUCGUAAAGCAGAAUAUAUCAAACAAAAUGGUCUCGGCGGUGGUAUGUACUGGGAGUUAAGCGGUGAUAACCCAGAAGUACCAAAAAGUAUCGUUAUUAACGUUGCAUUAAACUUUACAAGAUUGGAUGGUGUAAAUAACCAUAUAGAAUACCCACAAUCACGUUUUGAUAACGUCCGUAAUGGAAUGUAAUUACGUUUAUGUAUACAAUUAUUGUUUAAUAAGUUACUUUCUUGUUAGGAGGUUUAACUGUGUCUUCAUCAUUCGGUGAACUGUAUAUUUCAUUUGAUGAAGAAGAAUCAUCAUGAUCAAAAGCUUGUCUAUCCUGAUUUUGAAAUUUUGAUGAAAUUAUUGUACCAUUUUCAUCAAUACUUCGAUUAGGUUGCUGUAAAUGGAGUGAUUUACCAUCAAUCGAUAUCGACCGACCCUGAUUUAAUGCAUCGACUAUCCUUUUAUGAUUAAUUUCCUUAGUUUGUGGUACUCCCAUCGUUGAUUUAACUUUUCCAUCAAUCAAUUGAGCGGUUCUAUCUAAAUUAGGAGUAUUAUUUGUUAUUGUAUUUUUUUUACGAUUAUUAACAUCUUUUGCUAAUGUUACACUCUCAUCUUCAACUUCUUCCUCAUCAAGUGCUUCAUUAUUUUCAGCUGGAACCAAAUUGUUACGUUUCUCAUUUCCACUGCUACUAUUAUCUUCUGCAUCUGCAUAUUCACCCGCUACUGCAGAAUCCUGCUUUGAGUCACCGCUACCCGAGCUGGUUUGACCAUCACCACUACCUGCUCUACUAUUUAAGGUAGGUGAAGAAUCCUUAGUUGGUGGUGAAUCAACUUCAUUGAAAUUACUAUUAGUUACUUGAUUAUGUUGUUGAGAUAUAUUCCCAUUAUUUAAAUUGUUAUUAUGGACUUUUGCAUGUCGUUUGAGGUUACUCGCAACCGAAAAUGAACGAUUACAACCAUUAACUUGACAAACGAAAGGUCUUUCACCUGUAUGAGAGUAGGUGUGAAUCUUCAAUGAAGACGGCCUGUUAAAGGUUUUUGAGCAAUACUGACAAGUAUAAACUUUUCCUUUAGAUGUAGACGCAUUAGAGGUAUUUUGUGAUGUGUCUUGUUUACCAAUAGAUGAAUUAGCGUAUUCAAAAUCCUGUUUUGAUGCUGCUAAAGCUUGAGCGUUGGUAUGUUGUUCAUGAUUAGCCAUUCUUGCGUUUUGUACAAUAGUUGUUGAUUUACUGGCAUCCAUAGGAAUUGCAGGAAGAUUGUUACUACCAACUUUACGCUUCUUCCCGAGUGUCUUCUUCGAUGGUGCAUUAUAAUCCAGCGACCAAUUUUGGAGAGAGGGGAGAGGUAAUUGUGUAUUUGAUGAAGAUGAUGGGGCUAUUUGAUCAGGUGGUUGUUCACUCCCUUGUCCAUGUGGACGGUGAUAUUUACGAUAAGCAGGUGUGGGUAACGCAGCAGGCAUUUGGGGUAGUGGCUCACUAGGUAGAGUACGCAUAUGCUGAGAUUGUGGUUGCUGAUAGUGGUGGUGGUGCUGUUGUGGCUGAUUCUGGUGGUAGAACUGAUGAUCUUCCUCUUCUGCUCUCAGGAUAGAAGCUCUAACUCGGGUAGGCGGGGAUUGGUCCUGGUUAACCAGAUUCUUGAUUGAAGGUUGCACUAUCGGACGAGUGAAAUCAAUAAACAAAGGUUUAGUUGGAUUGCCAGAGAAUGUAUGUCUGCGUGUUUUAUUCGAUGAAGUAGUCGAAUAAGAUUCUUCUGAUAAAUUCUCGUCGUCUUUCUGUUUAUUCGAAUGAGGUGAAGAUCUAUCCGAGGUAUAGAAGUCAUCAGCUGUCUUCUGUAUAUUAAAUUGUUGCUCUUUCUGAUGUGUGAGGAAUGCGAGUUUAGUAAGAGAGUUUGAACGCUUUCUAAGUAGCUCAGGCCUAGCAACAUCUGAUGCAGAAGUGUAGCUCGUUGAUGCAUUAGUAUUCCUAUUAUUACUACUAUUGUCAAACAGACUAUUCGAUUGAGAAUCAGUUGAACUGGGGGUGACU